AUGUGGGAGCAAUACAACAUCUACUCCAGAACAAACUACACCUUCGACCCUACUCCUUCCCCGUAUAACAUCACCCCGGAGCAGGUCAACGCUACUCAUAAGCCCUUUAGUGUGUUUGAUGGCUGUGAACACAUGGUGGAGGGCAUCCUAUUUGACCUGAUAGUCCAAUGUUUUAAUAUAGCUGUAGGAGUGCCAGCCAACAUCCUGGUCAUUGCCAUCCUGAUCCGCAACAAGCAUGAGCCUACCACCUCCGACAUCUUCUUAGGCUGCCUGGCCUUCAUGGAUGCCUACUUUGGCCUCAUGGUCCCUAUAAGCUUCCUCAACUUCUACCACUGGAGGAGCAAGCAAGGCUGGAUGGCCAUGAAGUUCUCUUAUGGUGUGAAGGACACCAGCGGCCCUCUCUUCCUGUCCUGCAUUUGCCUAGACCGUUUUGUGGCCGUGCUCUUCCCCAUAGCCUUUGGCCAGCUCAAGGCUAUCAAGUACAGGAUCAGCCUCUCCGUGUUCGUCCUGUGCCUCACUUUUGCUUAUGCCUCAGCCAAAAUGAUCGGAGGCCUCCCCAACUUUGAGAAAGUGUUCACAGGUGAGAUCCUGGCCACGUUUGCCUGGAUGGUGGUGUGCAACCUGUCCAUUCUUUGGGCACUGAAGCGCUCACGGGGUGCAGGCAAAGACGAGAUGCACCCAAUGAAGAAGAAGGCCUUUAAGAUGGUGCUGUCGCUUCUGGCCAUUAUUGUGUGCAACUACUUGCCUCCAGUGGCGUUAUUCCCCUUCCAGGAUCACUAUUCUCCAAUGGCCUUCAUCUGCUACGUUCAGCCAGUGGGUUUUGCCUUCCUGAACAUCAGCAGCACCAUCCAGCCCCUCAUUUACCUGUCCCGCCUAGAAAAGGUGCCCUUUCUGCCCCAGUCCUUCUUAAAGAGGUUCUCCUGCAAAGAGAAAAAAGAGCCCUCACCAGCUUAG